CUACACUAUCAAAGACAAGACAGCCAAACCACUCCCAGCAUGUCAGCGCCUGACUAUUAUCGCGUUCUGGAGAUAGAUUCCAAGGCGACACAGCAACAGAUCCGCGAUGCCUAUAAAAAAGCAGCCCUCAAACACCAUCCAGAUCGUGUAGCAGCCGACUCUCCCGAGCGCACGGCACGCACGAAGCGAUUCCAACAGAUCAACGAUGCAUACUACACAUUGUCUGACCCUACUCGACGCCGCGACUACGAUGCGACCCGCGCAUACGGAUCUUUUGGGGGUGCAGGCGCAGGCUUUUCACGCGACUCCAGCGAGGAGUUCGAAGAAGAGAUACCCCGACCCCAGGGUAACGCGGGAGGUUUUCCAUGGUCCGCAUUCGGCUUCGGCAGCGCGCCCGCGGGCGAGACAGAAGAUAGCCACAACCGAUUCUCAAACGAGCAAUUUGGCGGGAUGUUCGAGGAGAUGUUGCGGGAGGAGGGAAUGGCCGAGGGUGACCAGGCGACGCCCACAGGCAAGUUCUGGAGCAUUAUCGGUGGCUUGAGCGGCGGGGCUAUGGGGUUCAUCGUCGCCAACUUCCCAGGCAUGCUUGCGGGGGCCGUUGCUGGAAACAGAUUAGGCGCUGUCAGAGAUGCCAAAGGAAAGAGUGUGUAUGAGGUAUUUCAAGAGUUGCCUCAGGCAGACAAAGCGAAGUUGUUGAGUGACCUUGCGGCAAAGGUGUUUGCAAGUGCUGUAGGUUCAUAGUCACAGCCUCGAGUGUGGAAGUAGAGGUUGCAGGAUAUGACUUGAUUCGGGAACAGAGUCUCAGUUAGAAUUUUGUUCAGCCAUGACCUCCCAUGUCCCUGAGAGUCACACGAGUAUUUUGGGGGUCUUUCUUUGGUAGCAAUUAGCAUAAUAUAGGUAGUCAUCAAUCUGAUAUGAACACUUUACUCCAAUGCUCAUG